GUUGUUCAGGGUUAUGUAAUAUACUAGACCACAACCGGUGAAGGAGUUAACACAGAGGGGCACACAUAAAGAAUUAAUGCUUAAAGCAGUGUGAUGGUUAGCUAUGUUGGGCACAAGAGUGACAACCAGGGGCAUCUGACAGCUAAAGAUCAUGCAGUUGCUGGUGCUGUCAGUGGAUUUCUCACGAGGGGUUUCUUACAACCUUUGGAUGUUCUCAAAAUUAGAUUUCAAUUACAGGUGGAGCCCACAGCAAAACGUGGGGGAGGUCUUUACCAUGGGGUCCUCCAGAGUGCUGCCAAGAUAGUGCACAAUGAGGGUUUAGCUGCUCUUUGGAAGGGGCAUGUUCCUGCCCAGGCCCUGAGCAUUACCUUUGGAAUGGCACAGUUCUGGAGUUAUGAAGUUCUGACAAAGACAGCUGAUAAUCAUGGCUUAGCAGAGAGGUAUAUAACUCAUGGUCUGUGUGGAGCAUUGGCAGGAACAUGUGGCACUCUUGCAUCUUUUCCUUGUGAUGUUGUACGAACACGACUUAUUGCUCAAGGACAUCCAAAGCAUUACAAUGGGAUGAUGGAUGCUUGGGGGAAGAUGUUGCGUCAGGAAGGAGUACUGAGCCUAUGGCGAGGCAUAAUUCCUACUCUGGCCAUGACAGCUCCUUAUACUGGUCUCACAUUUUUCUUCUACAAUGCUCUCUUCAGCUUAAUGUCUCAAAGUAUUAGAGAAGAGAGUGAACUACCAUGGCUGGGCUUCAGUGCUAUAAGUGGGACAGCAGCAGGAGUAUGUGCUAAAUUAGCUGUGUACCCUCUGGAUGUCUUGAAGAAAAGAAUACAAAUACGUGGCUUUGAGGAAGCUCGCAGGCAAUUUGGCAAGGUUGUUGUGUAUCCAAGUGCAUGGGCGUGCAUUGUCAGAAUUUCGCAAGAAGAGGGUAUCUUAGCCUGGUAUAAGGGAUUAUGGCCUGCCAUGUUGAAGAGUGGCUGUGCCUCUGGAAGCAUAUUCAUAACUUUUGAAGUUACUUGUCGUGCUCUGUCACAUAUUCACAGUAAUGAAAAGGACAGUGAUGUUAGAUAGUGAAGCAGAUGGAUUAAUUUUGUAAACUAGUCUUGCAAAGCCUACCUAGAUUUUUGAUAUUACAUGUAACCUGAAGACUGUACACCAUUACAUAAGGGGACACAGAUCUCUGAGCUAGUUGAAUUACGUUUCAUCCAAAUUACAGGUAGAUCUUGAUAAAAUUAUACUAGUACAGGUAGUGGCUUCCGUAUAAGUCUUAAGGUUACCUUACAGUUUCUUGCUGUUCAGUGAGAGUCGUUAGGAUAUAUGUUUGUAGUCUACUUAGUACCUUUUUAAUUAAUUUGGAAUUUGAUGUUGGGUUUCUUUAACAGGGAGACAUUUGUGGAAUAUGUGAAAAUGUAAUUCCCCCAUUUUGAAGCUGGUUGGUGUAUACAAUGCAUCUAACAUAAUUUGUGGUGUCCCUUCUUUAAUUUGAAACUUUAUUAUAGAUAGAUUUCACAUGACAUUACACAUAAUCCCCAUUGCAACCAUCGAUGUUUGAUGUCCGGUUUAUUACAUUUACCAUCUUAAGGACAUGCCUUUUUGUGAAAAAAUACCAGUCACUAGUUUUGUUCAUGACUGGUAUGAGCAUACAUGACACUGAGCAAUACUGUCAUGACACUUUUGUGACACCUACUUUGCUGUACCAAAUUCUUCAUCUUUGACAGCUAGAAUGUAUAGAUCCAAAACCUACCGGUAACCACAAUUUGAUUGGAAGCUUCUGGUGGGUUUUUUUUUUCUUCAUUUCACUUAGGUCAGGGAUGUUCAACCCAUGGUCUGAGGGCCGUAUGUGGCUCUCAGGGAGGUUAAGUGUGGCCCUCGAAACUAUUAGAGAAUUAUAUGAAAAAUUCAAUAAUUGAAGGCUUUGUUUUAUUUGUUAGGAAUUAAUUUGAAGUUUUCUAUUGAAUAAUAAAGCCUUUGUGUAAUUA